UCUAUGUAUCAAAAUUAAAAUAGAGGAAUUUUGAGCUUAGAAAAUACUUAAAAAAUAUUUAUUUUAAAGAGCCAUGAGACUUUUUCUCAUCAUCACACGACUAAAGUAAUGCGUAAAAAUUAAUACGGUUCGACCAAGGUCGGGUAGCUCCGAAUUUUUCCGGCAUUCAUCGUCAUUAUUUUAAACCGUCACAUCUGGCGUUAUUUUAAAAAUUAAUAAAUAAACACAAGUGCAUGAAUAAAAAAUAAAAACAAGUAUUAUUAUUAUUAUUAAAAUAAUUUAUAAUUACGUGUUUACUGGAUUGACACGAUGUCUGAAGUUCAGAAUAAGAAUAAACGUUUUGGAUAUGAUGAAGUACGAGGUAAAAUACUUGCGGGUAAGAUGGACGUAAACACACAGUAUCCGGGAAUCUCCGAUUUUGAUCUACCAAUUUUUGAAUUAGCGAUUAAUAAUCAAGAUACAGAAUUCAUCGACUUCCUGCUCCAGCACAACGUAGACGUUAAUAGAGACAUACCAUUUCGUAUGCGAGCAAUUUAUUUUGCAGUAAAUUCUGACAACAUUGAGUUGUCUCGGAAAUUAUUGAACGCAGGCGCUGUUUGUCCUCCCUUUGAAGGAUAUUACGAAGAAAUAUUAGACGGCAACAAACUGUUACAACUCGCAGUUUACAAUAAUAACAAAGAAAUGGUCAAAUUAUUAUUGGAAAAACUUGAUAGAUAUCUCAACCCGUACCUGAAAAUUGAAGCUUUUCAGUUUGUUAAUGAUUAUAAUAAUCUGGAAUUAUUAUUUGCUCUGGAACCGUAUUCUGCAUUAUUAGCUGCUAUCGACCAGACCAAGAUAAAAAUUUUUAAAAAAAUGAUGUCACAAAAUGCUGGUUAUCCUCAAAAGUUAGUACUUGCAGGUUUACUUGUAUCCGCUACUUCUCUCAGUAAGCAUGAAUUUGUUGAAUAUUUAAUCGAUAAUGAUGAUUAUUCACUCAACGAUUUGGUGGUCGCGUUACGUACUGCUAUUGGUAAUAAAAAUAUACCGAUAGUUAAAUUACUGAUGAGAAAAAUAGCUGAUACGAAGGCAAGUCCGGCGAUCUUAGAAAAAGUUUUUGGAAUGGCUUGUCAUAAGAAGAAUAUUGAAAUCAUUGAGAUAUUGAUUGCUGCUGGCUUUGAUGUAACCGAAACAUUCGAUAUUAAUAACUCACUUCAUAUCGCCAUUAUUAAAAAUGAUCAUAAAAGAGUCGAAAAGUUAAUUAAAAAUGGAGAUAACAUUGACGACACUUCAUAUUUUAGAAAAACGCCGUUAAUUUUAGCCGUUGAAAAAAAUAAUAAACCUGUAGUUGAAUUAUUACUCAAAAACGGCGCUAAAAUUCAAGUGACAGCGAUCAUUGCAGCUAUUAACAAAAACAAUUUAGAGUUAGUUAAAAUAUCAAUGGAGGCAGAUGUUGACAUUAAUAAUAAUGUCUCUGCUCUCCAAGAGCUAAUGAAGCGAGCUGUAUAUGGUAAUAAAUAUAAAAUUACCAAAUACCUAAUUACUCGAGGCGUUUAUAUUAAUGGUGUCAAUGGAGAUCCUGGGCCAUUACAAAUAGCUGCUUGUCGAAAGUCAAAAAAGCUGAUGAAGUUACUAAUUAAGAAUGGCGCGGAUGUAAAUUAUCAGCCUAAAUUUUGUGGCUCAGCUCUAGAUGCUGUUUGUGCAGGUCAUAAUUUAGAGUUAGCCACAAUAUUAGUAGAAGCUGGUGCCAAUAUUAAUAUAUCAUUAGAUAAAUAUUCCUCAUUACAAUCAGCUAUUGAUCAUAACAAUUACCAAUUGGCUGAAUACUUAGUCAAUCAUUGCACUGGUGCUAACAUUACUUGCGACUAUUCAGAGGCAUUAAUAUGCGCUAUUAAAAAUAAAAGAAAAAAAAUAGUGAAAUUACUGAUUAAAAAUGGUGCCAAUGUUAAUUACACCCCUAAACAUAAAUAUUCGGCUCUCUGCUUAAGUAUUCAAAACCACACGUCUGAAAUAACGGAAAUUUUAUUAAAAGCUGGCGCUGAUAUAAAUCUGAUUUCACAAAAUAAUACACCGUUGAUGGAAGCUAUUAAAUUGAGGGACUGCAAAUUAUCUCAAUAUUUGAUAGAAAAUGGCGCAGAUGUCAAUGUCACUAAAAAUGUUGUAUUAUUAUUAAAUUGGAACUUUUAUCGAUCUGGAUCAGCAAUUGUCAGUCUCUCGCUCGAUGCUGGUGCUGAUGUUAAUGUCGCUGACGAAAAUGGCAAGACGGCAAUUGAUGCUUCCUUAAGUACUCAAAACUCCCAGACAUUAAUCCAACAUAUUAUUAAAUUAAAAGCUGCUAAUUUAUAUCUGAUAGAUAAAAAUCUAGAUGCUGUGAAAGAUAAUCAAUUUAACGAUUUUUACUUUAAGUGUUUGGAUGAAGUUGAAUUUAUGAAGACACAACGGUUUUCUUGGAAAAUUACUUUCUAUGAUGUUUUACACUUGUUUGUAAAUAAAAUAUCUCGAAAUAUUAAAUAUAUCAGUAAAGAUGAUAUUAUUUUUGAUGAAAAUGCACUACGUAGUAAAUUUAAACUGUAUGGAGGAAUUAUUUAUUAUCGUGUGUUGAAAGCUGAGCAGCGUAGAAAAUUGUUGGUUCGUGCUGACGAAACAAUUUCUGAUUUAUUUGGUCAUUCACUAUCAGAUAUUCUUCGACAAGAUAUUUUGGACUACUUUAGUGAUAAGGAUCUUAAGAUUUUGUGUAAUCAAAAUUAAUAAUUAAGGGUAAAAAUGAAAUCUGUCAGUACCAAUGUCAGAUUUUGAAUUUUUUAUUAUUAUUAUUGUGUUAAGUGCUCUAGGAGCUGAAUCCAUUAAUUUUCUUAUAUUGAAGAAAGUAAACUGGCUUUAGAAAUAUAUACAGUGUGCGAGUCAAUUGAGUACAGUCCUGCGGAAUGUACAAAUGAAUAAAAUAAUUUGAAAUUAAAUUCUGAUAAAAAUAGAGACUGUACUUGUAAAAAAAAAGCUGAUAAACCGAUAUCAGAAUCUGUUGAUAAUUAAAAUUAAUUAAAAAAUUUUAUUUAAGUUGUAAAAAUUUUAGACUUAGAUAAAUAAAGACUGAUGAUUGUUAAUUAUUAUAUGCUAAAAUUAAUAC